AUGGGCUGCCGCCCUUCCCAGCCCGCUGAAGACAGAACACGCAUCCCCGCGCCCAGGAAGGGCUGGGAAGAGGGAGUCAAGGCUGAUGUUGCCAAGGGGGCUUGCAGCCCCCAAAAGGAAACUGCACUGCCCAAGGACACUGUGAACAAUGCAGAGGACCUGAAACAAGCCCCAAUGGGAAACUUACCCGGAACCAUUCUAGAAAGUUCUCCAUCUCCCAGUGAAAGAAAUCGAACAGUAAAUUCAGACCUAGUGACCAAUGGAUUAAUCAGUAAGCCCCAACCCCUACAGAAUCAAGAGCGACAGAAGUCAUCAGACAUCCUGGAGGAACUAAUUGUUCAAGGAAUAAUACAAAGCCACAGCCAAGGAUUUAGAAAUGGAGAAUCAUAUGAUGUCAUGGUGAACACAACUGAGAAGCCACUGAGAAAGCCACCAGCCAGGCUGAAAAAACUCAAGAUCAAAAAGGAAGUAAAGGAUUUCACAAUAAGGGACAUCGAGGAGAAGAUGCAGGCGGCAGAGGAGCGCAGGAAGAGUAAAGAAGACAAAAUAAGAAAAAGGUUACGGAGAGACCGACUUUUGCCCUCAGCCAGUCAUUCGGGGUCAGCUGAACUGAGUAAAGGACUUCAAACAGUGAGUUCUGGGUUUGACCUGUCCGCCCUGCAGGAAGGAGAGCCCCUGAAGAGGAAGAACAGUAAAAGUGACGUAACUUCACUUGAUAGAAGCUACAAUUAUGGAAGUAUUGUGGUUGUGGAGUCAGACGUGUCCUACAAUCAAGCAGAUGACAUAUUCUAGUAGGCCAUUUUCUGUGAAUUUCUUAGGAGGGGAUCCAUUCUCCCCAGUUGUGACAUUCUUAGUGUGUGUCGUGUUCUUUGCCUGCCUGACCUCACUGUGUUGGGAUUUCAGCCUUGGGCUUAGGAAUGAUUGUGUGAGCUGAAGGUUAGUUGAGUAAAUUAAAUGGCC